AUGUGCAGUCAUUUCCUCAUUACUCCCACAUCCGCAUACAAAGAUAUUAUCGAAAGCAUUAAACACCGAUUCAGAGGCGAACUUAAAGAGGUUUGGCCCUGCGACGUCAACGGCGAACCAAUUGGUCCCAGCGAGCCUGGUGAGCUUUUUGAUGGCGUCGAGAUCCCCGCUGACUCGGUAAGUAACUUCGGCAACAUUCAGGAUGGUGAGCGUAUCAUAGUGCGUGUUAGUAAGAACGAGCGCGUCUUCCUGGAGACAAAGCACGAGACCAUACUGUAUUCGGGCGAUGAGCUGGGUCACAACCAAUUCAAGGGAAUGGGGGGCAUAGACCGUCGCGAUCAUAUCCGGGCCUUUCGCCGUCAAGAGGCCGCUCAGCGCAAGAACAUCAUCCGCCUCACUUCUUCUCCUCGAACCAUCGCCUAUGAACUGUCCAUACGCCGCUACUCGCCGGUGUACGCUUUGAAGAUGAUUUUGGAAGAAUGGAAGAUUGUCCCAGUUAAUCCUGUCGACCAAAACUGUCUAGGUGCUCUGGCGAUCCUCAGCAAGGCAACGUGCGGCCAGCAGUGGGCGGUCGAGUGUCUUCUCAUGGACGAGAUGACUAAGCGAAAGGCCGCUUAUGAUAUUCUGCAAGAGAGCGAUGUCGUUCAAGUCAUCAAGAACCUUUACAAAGAGGCCUUCGCUAGUGGAUCUGUCUGGGAAGGCCACCCGAAUCUUUGGGAGCGGACAGAGAAUCUGCUGGAUUAUUGA